AGGACACGUGACUUCCUGGCAGUCAUUACAGACGUGCACAGAACCAGGUUGUGUCCUUGUGUCUGUACAACUAAAACAUCUCCCUUCUCAGGUCGAUUACACAUGCUUAGUGUUACCGCCCGGUCCAACUCGUGACCUCACGAGUGACACUUCCCCUGUCAUCAUUUUCAAAAUGGAGGAGGCUGAUUUCAUAACCGAGCCAAGUUUUGAACCUCUGCUGAGAGCGCCUUUCGUUUGGACCGGACAUGGCGUGAAGGAACGCCUCAGGAUCCCCCGGGAAGAGCUGGACCUAGUGGCUGGGGAGAGGAAAGUCUGGGCUUCCCUGCUUAGGCUGCUGCCCCCGCGACCCGACCUCUGAUAAGCGGAAGAGGAUGGAUGGAUGGAUGUCCAAGUUAUUGCAAAUGUGCAGCCCUCAGUGGAAAAAGUUUGGACACCCCUGACUUAAAUGAUCUCUGGCUUUCUCGGACGUGUUUUAUAACACUUCUUUUUCCAUCGCAUUUUGUCCACCAAACGAUUAACGUUGUGCGUGAAUGCACAAAGGUCUUGGAUACAAGUUUGUUCAUUUUCUUUUUGUUGGGAACUCGCAUUGGCUCAGGUAUUUGUGACCCCAAGAUGCAGGAACCAGGAAAACGACUAUCAGGCCAGCUCCAACAAUCCUCUCAACAUGACCGAAAGAGUAACUCAAACAAUGGCUCCCUUUUGAAAACUGCUAUACAACUAUAAACAGGACAUUUUAAAAUCAAGGAUUUUCCCUCUGGAAAGCAAGAAAAAGGACUUCCUGAGACUCUGUACCAGUGGAAUCCAGUGAUAUUUCCGGCAAACUCCGGCCAAAUUCACUUCCUAUGAAGGACAAUGAUUGGUUGAUGAACGCAAGGCGUCGGCGACAUCACAGGACAGGAAACCACAGCAAAACGUUACCAGCUUGCCAAAGAUUGUAAUAAAUCCAUUAGAAGAAGACAGCCUGCCGUUUCCUUUAACUUGGACACACGCAUCGACACCUUUGUGUAGAAGAACGUGUUUCUGUAUCUCCAUUACUUCCUGAGUCUGUGCUUCCGAGGAGCGGAGAGGGUGGAGCCUAGGAAAGAAAGAGAGCAAGAGGGCGAGCGAGAGAGGAAACCUUGAAAGAGCGAUGAGUGAAGCUCAGAGUGCCGACACGCAGCAGAGUGGAAGUAGACUUUUAUCUAACCGGAUCGGACUUCCAAUUGGAAACAUGUGGAUCACCUCUAACCCAUCUUUUCAUCUCCACCCCCUCAAGCUCUCCUCCUCCUCCUCAUCCUCUGUGCUCAACAGGUUCUAAUGCACCACCGACGGAUGCAAGGCGAGGAAGAAGAAGCAUGCUGUCCGUGUUCUGGCCCUUGGGCACCGAGCAGGAGGUCCACUCAUGGGAUGUAGUGGAUGCAGAGUCAGGUUCAACUCGGCCAAAGUGCUGUCCUUCCUCACCAUGGUCCUGAUCUUCACCUACUUCUUCUACUGCCUGACCGGGAUCUGCCACUCGGCCCCCAGGACUCUCUACGCCGACGAUGACCUCCGUCUGGAACCUGGUCCGGGGAACCGCACCGCCUUCCCGGACGUGGUGCAACCCCGUAGCCUGCUGGAGGACAACAACAACAACAACAACAACAACAACAACAUUCCCGUCUCCAACACGUUCGGGGCCAAGAGGUUCCCGCAGGCCCUCAUCAUCGGCGUGAAGAAGGGCGGAACCCGGGCCUUGCUAGAGUUCCUCCGAAUCCAUCCGGACGUCAGAGCCGUGGGGGCCGAACCUCAUUUCUUUGACCGGUUCUACGACAGGGGACUGGAGUGGUACAGGAAUUUGAUGCCUCGGACCUUGGACGGUCAGAUAACCAUGGAGAAGACCCCCAGCUACUUUGUCACGAAGGAGGCUCCAGGUCGCGUCUGCACUUUGAACUGCCAAACCAAGCUCAUCGUGGUGGUCAGAGAUCCAGUGACUCGAGCUGUGUCCGACUACACUCAGACACUCUCCAAGAACCCGGGUCUUCCCUCCUUCCAAAACCUGGCCCUCAGGAACACCUCGACUGGGGAACUCAUCGACACUUCGUGGAGCGCCAUCCGCAUCGGCCUCUACGUCAAACAUCUGGAGAACUGGCUCCGGUAUUUCCCCUUGUCGCAGUUUCUUUUUGUCUGCGGCGAGCGCCUGGUGUUCGAUCCCGCCGGGGAGAUGGGUCGCGUUCAGGACUUCCUGGGCCUGAAGAGGGUCAUCUCCGAGAAGCAUUUCUACUUUAACCAGACCAAAGGUUUCCCGUGUUUGAAGAAGCCCGAGGGAAGCAGCAGGCCACGUUGUUUGGGAAAGUCAAAGGGGAGACCUCAUCCUCGGAUUCCUGCUGAGGUCUUGCAGAGACUGAGAGACUUCUACCAACCUCACAACCAGCGAUUCUACCAGAUGAGCGGGCAGGACUUUGGCUGGUAAUAACUAGUGGCGGACUCUUUUGAGUCGAAGCAGACUCUCAGGAAUGUUCUCCUGACACGCGACGCUUUGUUGAACGGCGCAAACAUGCAAGCUUAUGACAUAUUUGUUAGCAUAAAGAAGAACCACAUUGCCUUAAAGUAUAUUUUUUGACUUGAUUUCACUAAAUAAGCUGAUAUUUAUAGUUUUGUUCUGUCGAGUAAAAUGCGAAUGAAAGAUUUCUAUGUAUUUAUUAUCACAGCCAAGGCAAGGAACAAGAUAAAGGGGAAACGAGCCUUACUCUGUAAUUAUGAACCACUAUUUGUUUGUCAACAGUAUUAACAUGACUGGAUUUUAUUUUUCAUUACAGAAGGAAAUGUGUCGUAUGUCAUAGAUUCGAAGCAUAUAAAAGUUGUGUCAUUUCA